GAGCAGAUCGAUCGAUUCUGGAGGGGUUCUUCACUUCUUCCUGUUGCUCCGGCUAAUCCCGAAACGCUCCACCACCAUCUGAAGAAAAAACCCCACCACCACUACCCUGCCUGCUGCUCCGGCUAUGCGGCGGCUACCUCUGCGGAUCCUGCGCUCCGCGGCGGCCGGAUCUCUCCGGAGCCCCGCCCCCUCACGCGGCGGCUGUCCUGUCCCUCGAGCGCCACAUCUGCCGGCGGAGGCAGCCGCCGCGCCGGCCGAGCUUGCCCGCUGGCUACCGCGGAGAGGGUACUCCCGGUUCGCGAGCGGAUUCACCCCCCUGGAGCCGAAGAAGCUGGGAUCCAUCCUCGACGUCGAGCGCGCCAAGGGCCUCUCCCCCGAACACCUCGUCGCGGCAUGGGAUGACUACCACCUGGGAAGAGGUCACAUAGGUGUAUCAAUGAAAGCAAAGCUUUACCGUCUCUUGGAACAAAGAUCGGCUACAUGUCCAUAUUUUGUUAUUCCUUUGUGGAGAGGAAGUGGAUAUACCACCAUGUUUAUGCAAGUCCAGCUGCCGCACAUGAUCUUCACAGGGCUUGAAGAUUACAAAGCAAGAGGAACUCAAGCAAGCCCUUACUAUACAGUCACUCAUUUCACAGAGUUUGCAGAAACCAAGGAUACAGUGCUUGUCCGAGGAGACGUUGUCUUCACCAGCAAACUAACCGAUGCAGAGGCAAAGUGUCUUUUAGAGACCGCCCACUCGUUCUACCUGAAUGAUGUGCGGUACAAGCUCGUGGAGCGUUUCAACAAGGAAACACAUGAUUUCGAGUUCAAAGAUGUCCUUCAGGCGCUUGAAAUGCCGUCCAUGUGAGCAGAGAUGUGAAGCCAUCAUGCGACGACAAAGCUUCCCAGCGCGGUGAACCUGAAACUACUGCCGAGAUUGGAACUACGAGUUCUUUCUUCCCCACAUUUUUUUGUGGCAGCUGUGUCCUGGAAAAACAACCCUGAGUUGAUAUCACCCUGACUUUGCUGAGUGGUUGUUCAUCCUACUUGUUUUGUUGUAGCCGUAGCAAAGAAGAGAACCAAGUUCCCAGGACUUCUCUAAUAAGCAGAUCCGGGCAAAGCUUUAAUCGGCAUUCCGUAGCUAUUUUGCUGUCGUUUCUCUUGGCCUUUUUGGCUAAAACCUUUAAUAAUAAUAUGGUAGAUUCAGAAACACGCUAUACUUGUUUUGGAUCCUGAUUUCAAUUGACAAAAUGUUUGUUUAAAUUAUGGAUGGAAA